AGGUGAUCGCGUCGCGGUAUUUCAUUCUACACGUACCUACAUAUAAUUUCUAUUUGAAUUCCUGUGUAUAUAUAUAUAGUUUUUGUUCUCACAAAUGUAUAAUAAAUAUUGCAUGGAAAACACAAGAGCAUCCAACUUGGGAGUGAAAUUUGUGGAAAUUGAAUUUUCUCAAGUUUAACACAAACAGUGACGGAGUGAUUUUAUGGUGACGUCACGCGUAUAAAUAAUUAAGUUAAUUGAUUGUUUCACACAAGUGAAAAUUUUCGCUUCAGUGAUGUACUAUUUGUGAAGCGUAAUGUGGGAAAAUUCCAGCCCUACAUUGCAUAUGUUGUGUUGUGUAGGGUUUUUGGGGAAAACACAACUUGUGCAUCAUAAUGCUGCGGCAUUGUGUGUUGGCUAACACUGAAUAAAAAAAAAAUAAAAUGAAACUUUUAACAAAGUUGUGUAAAAUUCUCAAGUAGAAUUUAUUCAAAUUUCACCACAAGGGAGGACCCCAACGUCAAUUGAGUUGUGUGGAACUCUCAUAUACCCAUUUGUUGGGUUCACUGAAUGUGUGGCGUAGUGGAGUGUAAUACGGGAAAUUGGAUGGAUUAAUAAAAAAGGAGGCAGAAAAAAGGAAGGUAAAAAAAAUGUCUCAGAGACGCGGUCAAUCGAUGCCGCCCUACAUGUAUGACGGACACACGGGGAACGAGAGGAAUCGCUGUACAGCAGCCCUAUGCAUGUCCUGGAAGUUCUUCACCUGCCUUCUCUCCCACAUAACGCUCGUGACUUUAGUUGUGUCUUAUUGUAUUCUGGGCGCGUUCACCUUCGAACAUCUGGAGGCUGAGAAUGAAAUUUCGGUAAAACGGAGUAUCAUAUACAUUCGUGGCAAUCUGACGGAAGAUAUCUGGAAGACCACAUCCGGAAUUGCAGUACUACACCAAGAGAACUGGACCAUGACGAUGGAGUACAAAUUGCUGGAAUUUGAAAGAGAACUUCUGGAAGCUAUGAAGGAAAAAGGAUGGGAUGGCAAUGAAGAUGAAAAGCAAAUGCAGUGGACAUUUGCUGGAGCUCUCUUCUAUUCAAUAAUCGUUAUAACAACAAUUGGAUACGGUCAUAUUGCACCAAAAACCCACAUGGGGAAAGUAACGACGAUUUUCUACGCUAUACUUGGGAUUCCACUCAUGCUGCUUUGUCUAUCAAAUAUUGGUGAUAUCAUGGCAUCGUCCUUCAGAUUUCUAUACUGGCGUGUAUGCUGCUUUGUAUGCACAAGAGAACCAAAACGUUCCCCAUCGAGACGGUUACGUCCUGGCAGAGGAACCAUUCGGCAGUCUGGACGACAAUCAAUUAGAAAAUCUGAGCGAACCAUAUCACAAAAAUCGCGAGAUUCUGGUUUUGACCCGGGACUGAGUCAUUCAUACUCUGACACCGAAUUACGCUACAGCACCAUUGAUCGUGGCAGUGCAAAUAGUCGUCAAGGAUAUGGGGCAAAUGUGCGACAUCCACGCUUCAAUCGCGACAAGGAUCGCAUACGGGACCGGCAUACUGUUGAGCGAGAACGCAAUGUGGCACGAGAGUUGGAUGAUGAUGAAUUCGGGGAGAUACCACCACGUGCCAGUCGCUACAAUACAACUGGUAGGAUAAAUCGUGAACCACCCGCACACCACAGAGGGGAGCAGCCGAGAUUUCAUGGUGCCCGUGGGCAGUCACUGGAUCGAAAGCACAACAAGCGUGAUGUGUCGGAUGCUGAGACACCGGUGCUGUGCAACAAAUAUGCAAUUGAUGACAUGGAGAGGGGUCAUGCGGAGGUGCCACCUCCGGACACAAGUCGCGGUGGCCAUAGGCGACGAAUGCGUGAGAGGCAACCCAUGGGUGGACCUAGAAGUCAAUCAGUGCCACAUCCACAGUAUAGCAAUCGACUUGAACUCCCCGAAAUAUCUCCACCACCAUCGUCGCGGCAUAAGCACUUUGCGGAUGAUUUGGAUGACUUCGAGGAGCCUGAGCUGCAGAUUCAGGCAAUUAGGAAGGCAAAGAGGCGUGACAGAGCUGCACCACCAUCACCACGAAUCAUGUCACCAAUGGGAUUUGCUGUACAUCGACAAGCGAGAUAUGAGGAAGGGGGAUCACUGUAUGAUGACGACUGGGAUUCCUAUGGGGAUAUGCCACCACGUUCACGUCCAGUCCCCAUUUGGCUAUGCGUCUUCCUCGUAAUCAGCUACAUUAUUGCUGGAGCAUUCCUCUUCUCUCGCUGGGAACCAUGGACAUUUCUCGAUUCCGCUUACUUCUGUUUCAUAACACUCACAACCAUUGGUUUUGGCGAUUUUGUGCCGGCAACGGGUGUUAAAGCCAAUUCGGAAGUGUCAAUAGCACUGUGCUCACUUUAUUUGCUCUUCGGCAUCGCACUUCUGGCCAUGAGCUUCAAUCUUGUGCAGGAAGAGGUGAUAUCCAAUGUAAAGAGUGUUGCUCGUCGUUUGGGGAUACUCAAGGAAGAGGAAAUCGAUGAUUAGACUUCACCCGGAAGGAAAUUCGCCACUCUCUCCCUCAAUAUCUUAUUAAAUUUUCACACUUACACUCCUACCUCCCUUGAAAAGUUUAUACGAUAAAAAAACCGGAGAUUUAUACCCAACAUGACCUACAUAAUGUACUAACAUUAUACAUAAUUUUCUUCAUUUUCUCAUUUUCCUUUUAGUUGUGGUGUGUUCGUUUUUUUUUCUGUUGAAAUAUGUGAACACGUUCUGUGGAAGAUCCCAUUUUUUAAUGAAUUGUUUGAUUAAGUAGCGAACCUUUAGACAUCAAUAAAAUUGUCGUAAAAUUUUAUUAGUAAAUCAUUUUGAAUUUUCAAUCAUGAUCGAAAUUCAUUGUUCCUGAUAUUGUUGUUGUACAAUGUGCGGAGCACCAUGAAGGCAAUAAUAUCAUCAUGAAUGUGAAAAUCUCCCUCACAUUUACUCCUAUAAUAUUAUUCCUAUACAAUAUUACAUGUAUGUACAUAUAUAUUUAAUAUGAUGCAGGAGGGAUGUUAGAUGAUAAUAAAGCUUACUUUUUUUAUGAGGUCGCACAUUAAAAUAUGCCGAUGCAAAAAAAAAAGAAGGAGAUCCAUGGGAAAAAAAGAGAUGGAGGAGGAUAAAAUUAUACAUGCAGGAUGGGAAAAGUUUUUCAUUUUAUCGGCGCGAGGAUGUGUAAAAUAUGCGCGUUUUCGUUUAAGUGACGGUUACACCACUUUACGAAAAUUUACGAUUUGUUUUAUUGAUUGAUUUUAUAGCCAUUAUGUGUUACACUCUUUGCGAAUAUUAUUCAUAUGCGAAAUAUGACAGAAAUUGGCUAUCACAAUAUUCAGCAUUACUUUUCGAUGUCAUGCAAUAUUCACGGGGGCAUGUAAAAUAAAACUGAACAUUGUAAAA